UUUCAUAUUUACCAAUGAAAUUUCCACCUAUUCAUACAAUAUGAAAUCUUUUAAUUACAACUUAUACAAUAGAUAUUAUUCAUUCAGCUGAUUAAUAUUGAUGAUAUUAUAAUAAUGGAAUCUUCAUCUUCGUCAUCUUCUUCUCCGAGUUGGAAGUAUGAUGUGUUCCUUAGUUUUAGAGGUAAAGAUACCCGCAACACUUUUGUUGAUCAUCUCUACUCUGCUUUUCAACAACAUGGCAUCCUUACUUACAAAGACGAUUUGUCACUUGAUCGAGGUGAUACCAUUGGUCCAUCCCUUAUGAAAGCGAUUGAAACAUCCAAGAUUUUAGUUAUCAUAUUUUCUGAAAACUAUGCCGACUCUUCGUGGUGCUUGGAUGAGCUUUCACAUAUAAUGAAAUGCAGGGAUAGUGAGACAGGGCAAAUUGUUUUGCCCGUAUUCUAUCGCGUGGAUCCCUCUGAUGUCAGGAAACAAAAGAGGAAAUACGGAGAAGCAUUUGCCAAACACGAGUUGUCAGAAAACAACAAGAACAAAGUUGGUUCAUGGAUUAAAGCACUUGUUGAUGCAAGUAGUAUUGCGGGAUGGGAACCCAAGCACAUCGCCAAUGGGCAUGAACCAAGUUGUAUCAAACAGAUUGUAGGUUCCAUUGUAGAUAAACUGUCAUCUUUGGAUCUAGCAGCUGAGGAUGAAAACCUGGUUGGAAUGGGAACUCGAUUGCAACAGUUGAGAUCCCAUUUAAAAAUUGGAUCAGGUGGUGUGCGAAUGGUUGGGAUAUGGGGGGUUGGGGGUGGCGGUAAGACCACUCUUGCAACUUCUGUUUACAUGAAAUUCUCCGAUGAUUUUGAUGGUUGUUGCUUUGUUGAAAAUAUUCGGGAGGAAUCCAAACAACAUGGUUUAAAAAGUCUCCAAGAAAAAAUUCUGUCAACUGUUUUUGGCAAACAGAUACAAGUUGAGAGUGUUGAAUUAGGAAAACACAGGAUUAAGAGUAUGUUAUGUCGUAGAAAUGUGUUGAUUGUUCUUGAUGAUGUCGAUCACCUCGAACAACUAGAGGCUUUAGCUGGAUGCCAUAAUUGGUUUGGUAAUGAGAGUCAAAUAAUAAUAACAACUAGGGAUGAACAAGUACUAAAAUCUCACAGGGUAGAUGAGGUAUGUCCUGUUAGUUUAUUAUCACGUGAUGAGGCUAUUCGGCUCUUAAGAAGGCAUGCAUAUCAUGAAGAUAAUCCUGUAGAAAAUUAUGAGGAGCUUUCGUUACGUGUGAUUUCUUAUGUUAAUGGGCUCCCGUUGGCACUUAAAAUAUUGGGGUCUUUUUUAUAUGGCAAAGACAAGAACGAGUGGAUAAGCGCAUUGGACAAAUUAAAAUACAUCCCCAACAGUAAGAUCACGGAUCAACUCAAAAUAAGUUACGACGGGCUUGACCAUCAAGAGAAAGAGUUAUUCUUGGAUAUUGCAUGUUUCUACACGAAGAAGAGGAAAUAUGGAGCAAUGGAGAUACUUGAUGCUUGUGGUUUCCACCCUAGUAUAGGGGUAAAGGUUCUGAUACAAAAGUCUCUCAUAGUUGUUUCAAAAUACGGUGAGUUUGAUAUGCAUGAUCUGGUUCAAGAAAUGGCACAGUACAUUGUAAGGUGGGACCAUCCGUACAAUCCUGAAAAACAUAGUAGGCUUUGGCGGAAGGAAGAUAUUGAAGACAUAUGUUAUAGAAAUGCAACGGAAAAUAAUAAUAUUGAAGCCAUAAAAUGUCAUGAUGAUUGUUCGUUCAACAACUUCAUUCUGCUUGUGUCAAACAUGAAGAAACUAAGAUGUCUUAAAGUGAGUACUACUUCAUUUGAUGAAAGGCCCAAUUUUUUUCUUUCAAAUGAGUUGAGGUAUAUAGAUUGGAAAGGUUAUCCUGCAAGUCUGUUCCAUGAAAGUUUUCAACCAACGAGACUCGCUGUGUUAAAAAUGAAAAGGAGUUUGCAAAAAGAACUUUGGAAGGGUUAUAAGUAUCUACCAUGUUUGAAGGAGAUGAAACUCUCAGACAUGAAAGCACUAGUCAGAACUCCUGAUAUUGGUGGACUCCAAUGUCUUCAGAAGUUGACACUUGAUACAUGUGAAAAUUUAGAAGAUAUUCAUCAAUCACUUGGAUCUCUUUCAAGUCUUGUUCACUUAUCUGUAGAAAAGUGUGACAAGCUUACAAGGUUUCCGACCAUUGUUAAGAUGGACAAACUGAAGAGUCUUGAUAUUUCACAAUGCAAAGCACUUACUGAGUUUCCAAAGAUCGAAGCAAACAUGGAUAAUUUGGUAACGUUAAGAUUGGAUAAUGUUGGGAUACAAGUCCUACCCUCAUCAGUGGGAGAGUAUUGUACCAAGCUUACUUUGAUGAGAUUACAUAGUUGUUCCAAAUUAAAGAGAAUAGACGGCAACUUUUAUGCCUUAAAAGGUCUACAGACUUUUAAAUUACUUGACUGCAAACAAUUUGAGAAGUUGACACAUAACCUAUUCAAUGAAAAUCUAGAUGGUCUUAGUUUGUCAUUGGAUAAUAGUAGUUUUGAACAACUUAUUCCUUCUUCCAUGCCACGUUUCUUAAGAAAGUUGGAUCUCAGUAAGUGUGGAUUGAAAGAUGGAGAAAUACCCAAUGAGAUUGGUGAGUUAUUUAACUUGCGAGAGCUAGAUUUAAGGGGUAAUGAUUUUACACAAUUAGAAUUUAGCCUCUUACCACUAACUCGCCUCAAACUCCUUGGUCUGGGGGAUUGUAUAAAUCUUGUUGAAUUGCCCGAGCUCCCAUCGAAACUAGCAAAGUUCUCUGCAGAUGGGUGCGAGUCACUUGAAGUCGUCAAAGAUGAUGUUCACAGAAGAUGUAAAUGGUUAUGUGAAGUAUCAAUAGGGGGAUGGAGAAAGAGUAUAACUGGUGGGGAGAGAUUACUAGAAACCAUGCUUCAGGGAAAGGCGGCUAAAAGUGGAUGUGUGAUCCUUCAACUAUCAGGCUUGGAGAUUCCGAGAGGGUUUGAACCUCGUUUGGUCAGAGGGGAGAGAUGUAGAAUGCAACUUCCAGAGAAUUGGUACAUUCACUUUUCUGGUUUCUUAUUUUGUGCAAUUUCUGAUGGCGACUAUAUUGGUUGUCCAAAUAUAAGUCUGAAGCAUGCCGAAAAGUCAGUGGGUGGUUCUUGGAUGGGAAUUCAAGAUGAUGAUCAUGUAUGUUCGGAGGAGGAAACUGUUGACGAUAUUGACAUAACAUGCGUGGCGUAUGUCCCAUUUAGUUUAUUGAGACACACUUCAUGGUGGGACUCAACAUUCAGUGCUGUUGAGAUUGAGUAUUCAAAUUCAGUAAUUAUAAAGUGUGGAUUGAAGCUGGUUCCCAACAGAGGUGCUGAUUGUGGUAGUGAAACAACACACACCCAUUCCUCCUCCUCUGAUAAUGAUGAGGAUGAUGACUACAAGUAUAAAUGUAAAUUUGAUAUUCUACAUGAUUCCAAGUCUACUUUCAAGUUCACAAUAAACUAAUCAAAGAUGACAUUCUGGAAGCAAUCUAGACGGUUUACUUCUUACCUUCUUUAUAUAUACUUCGUUUUGAUGGGAUCGAGUAUUUUAUUGUUGUUUAAGUUUUCCAAAUUUUCUAUAAUAUAUGUUGCAUUAUAUCAGUAUAGACAGGGUGUCUUGUAACACCCCGACCGACUAGGGCAGAAUUACAAGAUGCCACAUAACGAAAUGGUACAAAAAGAUUCAAUAUAAAACAUCAACAUUAUGUGGCAUCCGUCACCAAAAUC